AUAACGAUAAUAUUAAUGACAUUCGUGAUUAUAUUUAUACUAUCUACCGUUGACGACUCGGGCAUUAUGCUAGUUGCUGGACUGAUAACGAUCACACUAUUUAUAAUCGGAUUGACUGUAAUCAUCCUCCAGGGAGCAAAAUUUACGGAAAAGGCGCAAAGGCCAAAGAGUUGGCUUGAGAAGCUAACAGAUCUCCCUCAUCACGAAGAGUUACAGAGAGGUCUCUUCAUCGCCAAGUUGAAUGCAAAUGACGUACGUUUCACUGGUGCUGGCUUCUUCUCUCUCACGCGAGGUCUUCUUCUGACUGUAAAUAGGGGGCGUGAUCAUAACUAAUCUGGUAGUAAUCGUUCAAUUUCACAUUCAAUGACUUUCAAGCAACUGACAAGUACAACGUUUUCCAUGAACCAUGCAGUCGGCAUCUAUCGAUGACAACCUAAAGAUCCAACAAUACCCCCGCCUUGCGAA